CUUCUUAGGCAGCACUGGGGAUGAUCUGGACAGGCUGAAGUCCUUGUGUCACUGCUGCAGAGAGGUCGGUGCUUAGGAUUUACAGCGUUUUAAAAAAGCAGAACUGCCGGAGUGCUUAAGUGGCGAGUCAAGUGUUUCUCUCUGACAAACGCCGAUUGCUCAGGUGCAAGAUUUUGGGAAACGCGGCAGUGUGACGGUUUUGCGUCUCUUUACCUGAUAGAUAUUUUCGUUAAGUAAGACUAAGAGGGCGUGCGGGCCAAGGAGCCCACCGAGCUGGCGGAGAUGGAGGAGGGCAUGCCGGAUGAGCGGGACCUUAAGGAGAUGCAGGAGGAGGAGCUGUGGGACAUGAUCAACGACCACCGGUACCGCAUCUCGCAGAACGUGAAGCCCUGCACUCUGAUCCCGUACCUGCGGCAGGCCCGCGUCCUUAACGAGCUGGACGAAGAUGAGAUCCUCAACUUUGUGAAGUUCCCCAACUGGAGCCUGAGGACAAGCCACAUGCUCGACAUCCUGAGCAUGCAAGGACGCAAUGGCGCCAUGGCCCUGCUGGAGAGCCUGAUGAUCCACUUCCCCAAGCUGUACACGCAGAUCACCGGCCGCAAGCCCGCCAUCGAGCCUUCGGGCUUCAGCAGCCUGAUAAAGAACUCGGAGCUGACAGAGUACCUGGUGCGCGCAGUGACUAGCAUGCAGCGUGAACUGCAGGAGGCGCGUGCCGAGGUCAACUCGCUGGCAAAGCGCGGCGCCGAGCUACGGGCCGAGCUUGCCCAGGCGCAGCGGCGGGCCGAGGAGCAGCAGCAGCUGCAGGAGGAACACGCACGCCUGCGCAGCCACAUGGCCAGCCUGCAGCUGGACCUGCUCAAGCUUAAGGACGAGAAGUGCGACCUGUAUGCGCGCUACACCGUCGCCAUCCAGGAGAACUCCACCGUCAACAUCCACUGCCGGGACCUCCAGCUGCAGAUGUACGAGCUGCAGUUUCAGCUGCUCAAAGCCCAAACUGAGACGGACUUCCACCAGAAAUCCCUGAAGAGAAACAAUGCCAACGAGAUGCUGCAGCUGCGGGAGGAGAAUGGCUUCCUACGGCAGCGGCUGCUGGAGGCCGAGAAGUUCAAUCCGGCGCGGGAAGACAUCUUGGCACAAGACCUGGAGGAGGAGCGAGACGGGCGCACCAAGCUGGUGGAGCUCCUGCACCAUGAGAAGGAGGAGCACGAGAGGCUGGUCCAGGAGAGGGACCAGCUCAUGGAGGAGAAGGACUGCCUGGCCUUGCAGGUGAAAAAGCUGUCUCUGGACUGCGAGAUGUACCAGCAGAAGAGCACGGUGAUACAGAGCCAGCUGGAUGAGCUGCAGGAGGAGAGAGACCAGGCGUACCUGUUGAGGGACGAGGCUCAGGCCCAAAUUGCCCGCAACCUGGCAGAGAAGGACACCCUUCGGGGGCAGCUGGUGGAGCUCCAGGAGAAGCUCUUCACCCUGCGCGCCCAGAGCUGCCAGAGAGAGGAGGAGCAGAAGAAGCAGAGGCCCCGAAAGUUCAGCUGGGAUUCCAGCUUUUCCUGCAGCAUUGAGGAGACUUUGCUCAGUCCUCGUCCACGGCCCGCCCUGUGCAGGAUGAACGCCAUUUGUCCUCAAAGCAUGAGAAGCACGGAGAGCAUCAAGAGCUUCUGCAGCUUUCGCUCUGAGUCCGCUGAGCCGCCCAGCCUGGAGUCGCUGCGCAGGCGGCAACUUGACGAGAACCGCUGUAGCAACAGUUUCAGGAUGUGGGACUCGCGCCCAUCUGUCUCCGAGCCAGAUAACGACUUUGAGAUCAUCCAUAAAGUGGAUGAAGAGGCAGCGCCUCCAUCUUUGUCUUCUCUCCAGAGUAACACCACCCGGAAAACAGCCCCACCGUUCCUGGUUCGUUCCCGGCCUAAGGCACUGCGCCUCGGCACCCCCGGCUAUGGCCUGACCAUCUCCUUCCAGGGGGAGGAUCUGCUCAGUCAGUUGCGGGUGGUUGGUGGAAACAAGACAGGGGUGUUCAUACAUGAGGUCAAAGAGGGAUCCCCAGCCCAGGAUGUGGGUCUCAGGCCUGGGGCCCAGAUCAUGGAGAUGCAGUACGAUCAGGGGCGACACUCAUUACGCAUGGUUUUGGAGGAUUCUACUCUGGAGGAAGCGCUGUGGGCACUGGGUCAAGUCCGUGGCUUCUUCCACCUCUCAAUUCGGUACAAUCAGGACACUUAUGAGAAGCUGCUGGUCCAGCUUCAGAGUGGCGAGGUGACCUCAGGAGACUCCUUUUACGUGCGCGUCAACAUGGGCCUGCUGCGCGGAGCCGGGUACACGCUGGCCAUCCGCUGCAACGACAUCCUGCACGUGACCGACACCCACAGCGCGGACGGGUCCUGGAAGGCCAGUCACGUGCAGCCGUGCAACCUGAAGGACCUGGAGAGCGGCACCCUGCCCAACUACUACCGAGCUCAGCGCCUGCUGAUAAGGGCGAUCGAGGACAUGACCUUGCAGCAGACGUCACUGCGGAGGGUGGACCCCUGCAAUGGUCAGGCGAAUCAGAAGUCGGUACGGAUCGUCAGCACGGGCCGGCUGGGGCGAAACCCACUAUGGGUGUCUGUAGAGGAGGAUAACUCGGAGGAGGCUGAGGGGACAGGGGACGGCGUGACUUCCCGGGGCUGCAUUGCGCUCAUGCCCUACACUCUCGUCACUCCUCACCACCCGCCGGCCUCUCGGCCUGUCCUCCUCCUCCCCUCGGUGUUUGGCGUCCUCCUGAACAACAAACUGGGGGAGCUCCGGGGCUUCCAGUUAUGCAAACCAGAACGUCUGAGCGCCAGCGAAUGCGCCACACGGAUGCAGAAGUCGGAGAUCCUGGAAGACUGUGAGCGGGGGGCCUCCGACUGCUACACCCUGCAGAGUGUCGAGAAAGUGAUCAAGCAGGGCCUCCACUGCGUGCUGCCCCUGGGACUCGACUGUGUCAGGCGCCUGCACAGAUCUGAGAUCUUCCCCAUCAUCAUCUUCAUCGCCCUGUCUGGGCGCAGCAUCCGAAAACUCAGGAGCAAGCUGGGCAUGACUGAGGAGCAGCUGCUGGAAUGCUGCCGCAGCGAGGAGACCCUCCUGGACAAGCUGCCCUGCCUGUACCGCACCGUGGCCCCAGACAGCUGGAGUGGCACCUCCAACCUGCUGACCGCUCUGCGCGCCGUCAUCCAGGAGGAGCAGCACAAGAUCGUGUGGGUCGAGCAGGACCUACUGUGAAGGGAGAUCAGGGUGGCAGAGGGAAGCCUGCCCAGACCCAUCCAUCCAUCCAUCUGCCGCAUUUCCGGGAUUCGGGUCGCGGGAGUAGCAGCUUCAGGAGAGACACCCAGACCUCCCUCUCCCAGAACCUUAGCUCUCUAUUUAAUGCUGGAAAGUCUUCUUUGUACCGCCUGGAUGUCGGGUGCCGGUAUCUGGGGUCACCCCUGCCUGGGGCUGGAGAUAUGCACGCCAGAGUAAAAAAACGAACAAAAAAGAACAGAUUAAUAGAACACACCAGCAUAUCUUUACAUUACAACUGCUGGUGACAACUUUAAUCAGGUUAAUCAGGAACUGGUAUGAAGGAACCCCUUUUAUAUGACUGUUUACUGAGCACAUUUAUCAGUAAACAUUUCAGUAUUGUGUUGUACUAUUUAUACUUGUGUGUGUGUGUUGUGUGCGUGUGUGUGUUUGUGUGUGUGUGUGUCUUGGACUCUUUUUUUUUUUUUACUUCUUAAGUUUCCUUUGCUGGGUUUUUCCCAGCUAAACGUAAACCUGUAAGGUUCUUAGGUUAAGCAGGUUUGAUGGACACAGUCAGGUUAUAGUUUAAAAGAACAAUGUUUAACAAAAGCUUUCAUAAAGCUUUAAAUUCUAAGGUAUUUGGGGACACACAGAAACGGAACGUGUUUUAAUACCAAGUUCAGGUGUAAUAAGCCUUGUGCUAUUUUUGGAAUGAGUGUACGCCAGCACCCGGACUGUCCCGGUCGCCAUUUUGCCUUGAUCCUGUUUUGGACUCCUCCCAAAUCGCUGGAACAAUCUAAAGCACAUCAGCUAUUAAAGUUCAAGGGUUUAUAUCAUGAAUCAAAUUAAUGUUCUAUUUAAAAUUAAUUAGAAAUCCUAUUGCUUUGUGCCUAUAUAUUAAUGUGCAGUUGAACAUAGAAACAGGAUGAACAAUAUUUUUGAGAUUUUACAUAAACAGGGAAGCAACAGACAGCAGUAUAGCUCUUUUCAAACCACAUAUGUAAGUGCUGUGGUAUCUGCAGUUGUUUGCACUUUCAAACAAUAAAUGGUACUUAAAAAUGUAAGAACUCUUGUAAAUAAAUGUGUAUCUACUGUCAUACUCACUAUGCCCUGUACUGACUAGGAAUAUUGUUAUUUUUGUAUUACCCAACAAAUAUUCUUUUUAUUGUAUGUAUGUGUGUAUUUAUGUAUUAUUAUGUUUCCACGAGCUGCCAAACAUUAUUAAAUAUAUGACCCUGAAUAAUUUA